AUGAACGUCUGGGGAGAUCUCAACCCGGAAGACCCCUUACUGAUGUUCCCACCAGGGUUUGAACCCCCAUUUCAGCCACAGCCCCAACCCUUUCCGCCGAAUGCGAAUGAAGUUGGUCAUCAGAACGCGGCGAAUGUUCCUCAUCAAAAUGCGAAUGAGUUUGGUCAUCAGAACGCGCCGAAUAUUCCUCAUCAGAAUGAAUUUGGUCAUCCGAACGCGCCGAAUGUUCCUCAGAAUGCGAAUGAAUUUGGUGGUCAUCAGAACGCGGCGAAUGUUCCUCAUCAGAAUGCGAAUGAGUUUGGUCAUCAGAACGCGCCGAAUAUUCCUCAUCAGAAUGAAUUUGGUCAUCUGAACGCGGCGAAUGUUCCUCAGAAUGCGAAUGAAUUUGGUGGUCAUCAGAACGCGGCGAAUGUUCCUCAUCAGAAUGCGAAUGAGUUUGGUCAUCAGAACGCGCCGAAUAUUCCUCAUCAGAAUGAAUUUGGUCAUCCGAACGCGGCGAAUGUUCCUCAGAAUGCGAAUGAAUUUGGUGGUCAUCAGAACGCGGCGAAUGUUCCUCAUCAGAAUGCGAAUGAGUUUGGUCAUCAGAACGCGCCGAAUAUUCCUCAUCAGAAUGAAUAUGGUCAUCCGAACGCGGCGAAUGUUCCUCAGAAUGCGAAUGAAUUUGGUGGUCAUCAGAACGCGGCGAAUGUUCCUCAUCAGAAUGCGAAUGAGUUUGGUCAUCAGAACGCACCGAAUAUUCCUCAUCAGAAUGAAUUUGGUCAUCCGAACGCGGCGAAUGUUCCUCAGAAUGCGAAUGAAUUUGGUGGUCAUCAGAACGCGGCAAAUGUUCCUCAUCAGAAUGCGAAUGAGUUUGGUCAUCAGAACGUGCCGAAUAUUCCUCAUCAGAAUGAAUUUGGUCAUCCGAACGCGGCGAAUGUUCCUCAGAAUGCGAAUGAAUUUGGUGGUCAUCAGAACGCGGCGAAUGUUCCUCAUCAGAAUGCGAAUGAGUUUGGUCAUCAGAACGCGCCGAAUAUUCCUCAUCAGAAUGAAUUUGGUCAUCCGAACGCGCCGAAUGUUCCUCAGAAUGCGAAUGAAUUUGGUGGUCAUCACAACGCGGCGAAUGUUCCUCAUCAGAAUGCGAUUGAGUUUGGUCAUCAGAACGCGCCGAAUAUUCCUCAUCAGAAUGAAUUUGGUCAUCCGAACGCGCCGAAUGUUCCUCAGAAUGCGAAUGAAUUUGGUGGUCAUCAGAACGCGGCGAAUAACGCGCCGAAUAUUCCUCAUCAGAAUGAAUUUGGUCAUCCGAACGCGGCGAAUGUUCCUCAGAAUGCGAAUGAAUUUGGUGGUCAUCAGAACGCGGCGAAUGUUCCUCAUCAGAAUGCGAAUGAGUUUGGUCAUCAGAACGCGCCGAAUAUUCCUCAUCAGAAUGAAUUUGGUCAUCCGAACGCGCCGAAUGUUCCUCAGAAUGCGAAUGAAUUUGGUGGUCAUCAGAACGCGGCGAAUGUUCCUCAUCAGAAUGCGAAUGAGUUUUGUCAUCAGAACGCGCCGAAUAUUCCUCAUCAGAAUGAAUUUGGUCAUCCGAACGCGCCGAAUGUUCCUCAGAAUGCGAAUGAAUUUGGUGGUCAUCAGAACGCGGCGAAUGUUCCUCAUCAGAAUGCAAAUGAGUUUGGUCAUCAGAACGCGCCGAAUAUUCCUCAUCAGAAUGAAUUUGGUCAUCCGAACGCGCCGAAUGUUCCUCAGAAUGCGAAUGAAUUUGGUGGUCAUCAGAACGCGGCGAAUGUUCCUCAUCAGAAUGCGAAUGAGUUUGGUCAUCAGAACGCGCCGAAUAUUCCUCAUCAGAAUGAAUUUGGUCAUCCGAACGCGCCGAAUGUUCCUCAGAAUGCGAAUGAAUUUGGUGGUCAUCAGAACGCGGCGAAUGUUCCUCAUCAGAAUGCGAAUGAGUUUGGUCAUCAGAACGCGCCGAAUAUUCCUCAUCAGAAUGAAUUUAGUCAUCAGAACGCGGCGAAUGUUCCUCAGAAUGCGAAUGAAUUUGGUGGUCAUCAGAACGCGGCGAAUGUUCCUCAUCAGAAUGCAAAUGAGUUUGGUCAUCAGAACGCGCCGAAUAUUCCUCAUCAAAAUGAAUUUGGUCAUCCGAACGCGGCGAAUGUUCCUCAGAAUGCGAAUGAAUUUGGUGGUCAUCAGAACGCGGCGAAUGUUCCUCAUCAGAAUGCGAAUGAGUUUGGUCAUCAGAACGCGCCGAAUAUUCCUCAUCAGAAUGAAUUUGGUCAUCCGAACGCGCCGAAUGUUCCUCAGAAUGCUAAUGAAUUUGGUGGUCAUCAGAACGCGGCGAAUGUUCCUCAUCAGAAUGCGAAUGAGUUUAGUCAUCAGAACGCGCCGAAUAUUCCUCAUCAGAAUGAAUUUGGUCAUCCGAACGCGGCGAAUUUUCCUCAUCAGAAUGCGAAUGAAUUUGGUGGUCAUCAGAACGCGGCGAAUGUUCCUCAUCAGAAUGCGAAUGAGUUUGGUCAUCAGAACGCGCCGAAUAUUCCUCAUCAGAAUGAAUUUGGUCAUCCGAACGCGCCGAAUGUUCCUCAGAAUGCGAAUGAAUUUGGUGGUCAUCAGAACGCGGCGAAUGUUCCUCAUCAGAAUGCGAAUGAGUUUUGUCAUCAGAACGCGCCGAAUAUUCCUCAUCAGAAUGAAUUUGGUCAUCCGAACGCGCCGAAUGUUCCUCAGAAUGCGAAUGAAUUUGGUGGUCAUCAGAACGCGGCGAAUGUUCCUCAUCAGAAUGCGAAUGAGUUUGGUCAUCAGAACGCGCCGAAUAUUCCUCAUCAGAAUGAAUUUGGUCAUCCGAACGCGGCGAAUGUUCCUCAGAAUGCGAAUGAAUUUGGUGGUCAUCAGAACGCGGCGAAUGUUCCUCAUCAGAAUGCGAAUGAGUUAGGUCAUCAGAACGCGCCGAAUAUUCCUCAUCAGAAUGAAUUUGGUCAUCCGAACGCGGCGAAUGUUCCUCAGAAUGCGAAUGAAUUUGGUGGUCAUCAGAACGCGGCGAUUGUUCCUCAUCAGAAUGCGAAUGAGUUUGGUCAUCAGAACGCGCCGAAUAUUCCUCAUCAGAAUGAAUUUGGUCAUCCGAACGCGGCGAAUGUUCCUCAGAAUGCGAAUGAAUUUGGUGGUCAUCAGAACGCGGCAAAUGUUCCUCAUCAGAAUGCGAAUGAGUUUGGUUAUCAGAACGUGCCGAAUAUUCCUCAUCAGAAUGAAUUUGGUCAUCCGAACGCGGCGAAUGUUCCUCAGAAUGCGAAUGAAUUUAGUGGUCAUCAGAACGCGGCGAAUAUUCCUCAUCAGAAUGCGAAUGAGUUUGGUCAUCAGAACGCGCCGAAUAUUCCUCAUCAGAAUGAAUUUGGUCAUCCGAACGCGCCGAAUGUUCCUCAGAAUGCGAAUGAAUUUGGUGGUCAUCAGAACGCGGCGAAUAAUGCGAAUGAGUUUGGUCAUCAGAACGCGCCGAAUAUUCCUCAUCAGAAUGAAUUUGGUCAUCCGAACGCGCCGAAUGUUCCUCAGAAUGCGAAUGAAUUUGGUGGUCAUCAGAACGCGGCGAAUGUUCCUCAUCAGAAUGCGAAUGAGUUUGGUCAUCAGAACGCGCCGAAUAUUCCUCAUCAGAAUGAAUUUGGUCAUCCGAACGCGCCGAAUGUUCCGCAGAAUGCGAAUGAAUUUGGUGGUCAUCAGAACGCGGCGAAUGUUCCUCAUCAGAAUGCGAAUGAGUUUGGUCAUCAGAACGCGCCGAAUAUUCCUCAUCAGAAUGAAUUUGGUUAUCCGAACGCGCCGAAUGUUCCUCAGAAUGCGAAUGAAUUUGGUGGUCAUCACAACGCGGCGAAUGUUCCUCAUCAGAAUGCGAUUGAGUUUGGUCAUCAGAACGCGCCGAAUAUUCCUCAUCAGAAUGAAUUUGGUCAUCCGAACGCGCCGAAUAACGCGCCGAAUAUUCCUCAUCAGAAUGAAUUUGGUCAUCCGAACGCGGCGAAUGUUCCUCAGAAUGCGAAUGAAUUUGGUGGUCAUCAGAACGCGGCGAAUGUUCCUCAUCAGAAUGCGAAUGAGUUUGGUCAUCAGAACGCGCCGAAUAUUCCUCAUCAGAAUGAAUUUGGUCAUCCGAACGCGCCGAAUGUUCCUCAGAAUGCGAAUGAAUUUGGUGGUCAUCAGAACGCGGCGAAUGUUCCUAACGCGGCGAAUGUUCCUCAUCAGAAUGCGAAUGAGUUUGGUCAUCAGAACGCGGCGAAUGUUCCUCAUCAGAAUGCGAAUGAGUUUGGUCAUCAGAACGCGCCGAAUAUUCCUCAGAAUGCGCCAAAUGGGAAUCAAUUUCCUCAGCCGAAUGGGCCUAACGGAUUUCAUGAUCAUGGGCCGAAUGGGCCACUCCAUCCGGACUUUAAUUUGCCUGAGCGAAUGAUUCAAAUAGAGUACGGUGGGGAAAUUAUCAGAUUUCCGCUUGAGGUAGUCAGUAUGGAGAAUUUAAGGAAAUCGGUCGUAUUGAGGUUGGCUCCCCUUGCUGUUUGCUAUUUGAAGUUCUAUUAUGAGGAUGGUGGCCAGCUAAUCAGGAUUGCCUGCGACUAUGACCUACAAUAUUUUAUCCUUAAUAGAGAAAAGCUCGUGGGUAUCAUCCGGCUUGGAAUUAGGGAAAGCACAAUGCUUCGUACUCGUUUGCGUGUUGGUAUAGUACAAUUGGAGAUCAUCCUCGAUGAUGCCUAUGCCUAUGGCGAUGGCCACACUGGCAGGAAACUGUCUCUUUUCCUUGCGCUUCGUCAAUUUGCUCCGAUGAAUGCUUCUUGA